UCUUGCUCAGGGACACUUCGACAUGAAACAUGGGGCAGUCUAGAAUAGAACCACCAACCUUGUGCUUCCAAGCACACCUUCUCUAACCCCUGCGCCACAACGACCACGAUUUUACUGAGUGAACUUCUGUCUGCAUAACAUGAUGGGAAUAAAUUAUAAUAUGAACGUGUGAUCGAGAAUUUACGUUUACAAGCUGACCGUAAUUAGCUAAUGUUAGCUUGCUAUUGAAUGACUUAUUGAUCUGUGAUACUCGGGGGGUGUUCAUGUCUCUCAAUAUCCGGCUGAAUGAUAGCAUGCCUGUUAAAUCAUUUCUUCUAGUUCUACUCUUUCAGAUAGGACACAUCAUUUGUUGUCAUUGAUAUUAUUCUGGAUCCUGGAAAUCAAACAGAAUUCAGUCUUGUUUCAGUUUAAUGUGUCAACUGGUUGAGUUUAGUCAAAGUGCAGCGAUCAUCAUCAUGGUAAUUAAUAGGUAUACAAAUAUUAGAUUAAAACAAUGUAACUAAUUAAUCUCACAUUUUUAAACAUUUCUUCUUCUAAAGACUGAAUCUUAUAAAUUAACAAGUAAUCACUCCAGACAGCGUGUAUUUUAGACGUUGUUUAAUUUAUUUUUUGUAAAGACAAACUACAUUUGAUCAACCUGGAGGCAGAAUUCCACCGGGUUGAACUAGCGACUCUUCCUGCUGUCCCCUCAGCUCUCGAUAUGACAUGUUUGAAGUGCCAACAAUGUCCAGACAUUUAACCAGGACGUUUGCUAAACCACUGUCUUCUAGGGACAGCGUGUUGGUCCUCUGCAGGGUAGAUGUUGAGAUGGAAGCAGCCUAGCAGUUGGCAACAUUUUCCGGGCACUAUUAGUCCUAAAGUGCUCCGCUCCGUUUGCCACUCAUCCCCUUCUGUUUGACAAGUUUUACUUCCAAUGCAAAAAGUUCUCUCCAUCUUCAACUACUGUCUCUCUCUCUGCAUCUAACUGACUGCAACACACGGCGGUUUCAGGAGUCAGGGGUCAACGCACACCGGAAGGAAACAAAGUUGCGUUAACUGCGUCAAAAUAUUUUUUAACACAUUAACUUUGACACCCCUGAUUGUUAACGUUGCUGUUACUUAGAAAGAUGUCAUUACUUUCCAUCCAUCGAUUUAAAGAGAAAAAUCUGGUUUCAGGUGAAACCGAUUCACUCAGUUAUUGUAGAAGCGUUUUCCGUUCGUCCCUUUACUCCCUGAUCAGCUACUACCGGUGGCUGAGCUGGAUAUAUCCUGACGCGUGCAGUUGUAAAGAUGAGGAGUAGAAGUUGAUGCGGUUCGGUGCAAUGACCAUUUAUUACUCUUAAUGUAUAAAGAAUGUACAAACCAAAAACAUGAGGUGAAAAUAAAAAACAAUGAAACUGAAGCAGUUGGUGGGAGACGGCCUGUCACGUCAUGCCCCUCAUGUCACUCCACCAAGACGGUUUCCCUCUCAGGCCACUGCUGCGUCUUCCUGUCUUUAAAGCCUUUAAAGCUUGGGCCUCCCAACCGUCCUCUAGGUGUCGUAUACAGACCUGUGGCCAUAUUACUCACUCGUCACACACACACACACACACACAUGAAAUAUAGCUCAAUAUGGCUCCUACAGUUAUCAAUCAGGGAAACCCUGUUUUUUACUGUUUUUCCUCAUCUGUGCGUCUGGUGAAGAUAAACAGAAAUAGACUGGAUGUAGAGCCGGACCGUAGAGUAACUCUGUCUUUAACAACAUGACCUCAGAGUGACCUUGUCUACAUAACAUGACUUCAGAGGUAUAAUAAAUCCCAUUAUUAACUCCUCCACACUCUGGUCUCUGUCAGUUACACAUCAGGUGGGAUUGUGAGCUGCUUAAUUUUCCUCAAAGCACAAUGUUUUUCAGUAUUUACCAAUUUACCAACUGAUAAUCAGAAGAAAAAUGAAGGCUCUCCAACAGAACCACAAUCAUGUCUCCUUGGAAAGACCUGAUCCGCCCGCCCCCUCAGUCCAACUUGUACAUUUCCCCUAAGCUCUCCCAAUAGAAUCGGCUCCUGGGCCGGUUCAGAUUUGGAAGCCAGAGGAGGUUUUCCGUGGACUAGGCUGCAAAUGACGUCAGGCCUACAUCUCCCUGCCGCAGCUCGUUACCUCGGCAACAUCUGGACCCCAACGUCGCCUUUGAGUGGAGGAAAACCAAUAAGGGUGCAGCACAGACUGUGCAGAGAAUGGGGAAGAUGCACCCAAUUGGUAUCUUUAGCAGCUUAGAGGAGAACCUGCUGCUCACACAGACUACGCCAGCUGGGAAGAGCCUGACCGUUGGGAGGUGAGGGAACCACUCAGAGUCUCCGCCACUGCUGCUCUCAAGACAGUAAAAAGAACCAGGAAGAAUAUUCAUCUCUCCAUCAACCCUGAUUGGGCCCCGGGUCCAAACAACCAUGGAGGACUCUGGAGAUCUUGUCUUAUAAUGUGAUCCAGACUAGAACUGAAAAUAGAUCUAUGUAUGUAGGGCUGUUCAAUUGGAUUAAACGAAGAGAGUGUGGAUUACCAAGCUUUCCCCAGGAUUCACUGUGGAAACACAGACUGCUGGAGACACACACCCGUUGUUCAACACGACAUCAACGCGUCUGGCCACCUAAAGGACAACGCCUCAGCAACCGCGUGAUCCUCCAUAGAUCAGGAAUCAACCCCCCAAGCUCGCUCGGCCUCUGGUAUCUGUCUGACUGCAAAACUCGUCUUGUUGCUCCUGGACGUCUGUCUAGGAGAUAUGGACGAACAAUGGUGGGACCACAGUUCCUGGCAUGGCGUUCCUCCGCCUUUGUCCAUGCAACCGGUCACAUGGCUACCAUCCAAAGAUGGAGAACAUCUUAUUGGUCGAAUUCUGCUGAAUAAGAGGAUGAAGGACGGGACAGUUCCUGUAGAUGCAGGAUCCCUGCUGGGCCUCAAGGUGGUUGGAGGAAGGAUGAUGGAGUCUGGUCGUCUCUGUGCGUUCAUCACAAAAGUGAAGAGAGGAAGUUUGGCUGACACUGUCGGACACCUGAGGCCAGGUGAUCAGGUUCUGCAAUGGAACGGUCGGUUGCUCCAGGGAGCCACAUUUAAUGAGGUUUACAACAUUAUCCUGGACUCCAAACUAGAACCACUGGUGGAGCUGGUGGUGUCCCGACCAAUCAGAGGGGUAGAAACCCAGCUCGACUCAAGUCCCAGUUCCUUCGACUCUCAAAAAAUUGGUCGGUCCAUCUCUGUCACGUCUCCCAUGAGCCCCAGCGUUGUCUCUGGGCAGCUUUCUGGUGGUGUUAGGCAUGCUCUGGUUCCCAGAAUUCAGGUGAAGCUGUGGUACGAUAAAGUGGCUCAUCAGCUGAUCGUCACAGUCCUUGGAGCCAAAGCACUUCCUUUCCGAGACGACGGGCGACCCAGGAACCCCUACGUUAAGAUUUACUUCCUUCCGGACCAAAGCGACCGCAGUAAGCGCAGAACCAAGACGGUGAGGAAGUCGGCGGAGCCCCGGUGGAACCAGACUUUCAUUUACUCUCCGGUGGACUGGCGGGAGUUCAGGGACCGGAUGCUGCAGCUGAGGGUCUGGGACCAGUCCCGGGUCCGGGAGGAGGAGAGCCAGUUCCUGGGGGAGGUCCUGAUACAGCUGGACUCUGCUCUGUUAGACGAUCAGCCUCAUUGGUACAAGUUGCAGCUUCAUGAAGUUUCCUCUGAGCUCAGCAGCUCCCCCUACCUGCAGAGGAGGGGACUGCAGCCUGAAGAGCCUGCAGCCAGCACAAGGCUGCACAGGCCUCAGAAGAUUAGUGACGGUGAGUUCUCGGAUUACGACUGUGAGAACGGCAUCGGUGUGAUAUCAGACUACAGACUGAAUGGACGGGACUCUGCCCUCUCAGUGUCAGAGCAGGAGAUGUCGUCCAAUCACAUCUCUCGAUCCGAUGUGGUCAAGAUGAGGUCACGUUCGCCAAAUCAAACGCUUCCUUUGAGCGGUAACCCUCUGUACCCGUUGUACCGUGAGGACGCUGUGCGGUUGCUGCAAGGCUCCAAACUGAACCGAGCGUACUCUGAUGCCGGCCAGUAUAGAAGCCUGGAAAGGAGAUCUCUGAGGAGAACGUCCGUUGCCACCUCUCUCGAUUUUGAUGACAGAUAUUUAAACGGACCAAACCAAACCCUCCGGACAAAACACAUGAUGACAGGGAGCAGUGAGGACUACAGUCAGGGCUUCAUUCCUGACUUCCUCUACGAACCUGAGACCUAUGCCGUGGAACCUAUCAGGGCGAAUCUGCAAGGCGGCUCGACCCAGACAAGUCCCACAGGAACGCCAGUCUUCAGCUGCCGAGGACGCCAGCUACCCGUCGUCCCACCCAAAGGAGCUUCAGACAGGGUUUUGACCACGCCCACCUCAGGAUCACCAAUUGCUCAUCAAACUGUUGCCUCCCAUCCUUUGCAUAAUCAAGCCCUGACCCCUGCCAAUCAUCCGCCGCCUCCUCUGAUAAGAAUACAAGCCCCUACAGGAACCACCCACCUUAACACACCUGUAUCAGCGUCGGUACAAGUCCAGGCCCCGCUCCCGCCCCCAGCUCCUGUACCCUUACCUGUACCUGCUUCUACUCCUGCACCUGUCCAAGCCCCGCCCCCAGCUCCUGUACCUUUAACUGUGUUUGCUUCUGCUCCAACACCUGUCCAACCCCCACUUCCAGCUCCUGUACCUUUACCUGUAUCUGCUUCUACUCCAACAUCUGUCCAAGCCCCGCCUCCAGCUCCUGUACCUUUACCUGUAUCUGCUUCUACUCCAACACCUGUCCAAGCCCCGCCUCCAGCUCCUGUGCCUUUACCUGUAUCUGCUUCUACUCCAACACCUGUCCAAGCCCCACCUCCAGCUCCUGUACCUUUACCUGUAUCUGCUUCUACUCCAACACCUGUCCAAGCCCCGCCUCCAGCUCCUGUACCUUUACCUACACCUUUUGCAAGAUCAACACCGGCCCAAGCCCCACUCCUGUCCGCUGCCCCUCCUGUAGUCCAAUCACUGACACAAUCUAAUGCGUCACAUGCACCUCCCCCAACGACUCCAGAGCCAGAACGAUGCCCAACGACACCUGGAGGGACCAGAAAAGAGGUCACAUGGCAGGAUCGGCAGAACAACUCAGCCGAUGCAGCUCUGAUGAAGGAUCCAUCAAAAGCGAGGGACAGUCUGUCCUUCACAUCACCAGACAGCGACAUCAGCGAUGUGUCGGCCAGCAAUCGGGCAGAGGUUCUGGAGUCAGUGGAGCUGGGGACGGGUUUAGAGGUAACACAGAAAGUAGCCGGGGUAGAAGAGGACGGAGCCGUGCUGCAGAAGAGCGAAUCACUGGGGGACGCAGAGGAGGUGGUUCCUGCGCCAACAAAGGCAGCACCAGCAGCUCCUCUCACAAAGUCCUCCAGCGUCGGAGGAGAGAUUUGUUCGUUGGGGAGAAACAACGACGACGACGACGACGACAAGAAGCGGCGUUCAAGCUUCGGAGCGAAGAUGAUGGGAAUGGUGGGACUGGGAAAGAAGAGUCAGAGCGCCUCCCAGCUCAACCCUGAGGAGGAAGAGAAGAAGAAGAAGGUCGUGAGACUCCCUGUCCAAAGGAGUGUAGAAACAGGUCUAGCCGUCGAGUUUAAAUCUCGUUUUACUCGACAGCCGAGCCGCGACCCGGACGCCGAGGACCCCAAACCUGGAGCUCUGAUAUUUCCAGGAGUGAAGUUGGCAUCAGAUAAACAGUUCACCGGCUUCCUGGACGGAUUAGGUCCCGCCCAGCUGGCUGGACGCCAGACUCUGGCCACCCCCUCCAUGGGUGACAUCCAAAUCGGGAUGGUGUAUAGGAAGGAGCGUCUAGAUGUGGAGGUGAUCCGAGCCAGAGGGCUUGUGGGUAAACAAGGCAACAAGAACACUCCAGCUCCAUACGUGAAGGUGUAUCUGAUGGAUAAUGGGAAGUGUGUGUUAAAGAGAAGAACUCGGCUGGCCAGAAAAUCCCCCGACCCCCUUUACCAACAACAGCUGCAGUUCGAAGAAAGUCCUGAGGGAAAAGUACUACAGAUUAUUGUUUGGGGUGACUACGGCCGGAUGGAUCAUAAAUCUUUCAUGGGAGCUGCUCAGAUUUUAUUGGACGAUCUGGAUUUGUCAGUAAUGGCGAUUGGCUGGUUUAAACUGUUUCCUGCCAUCUCAUUGGUGGACGCCGCCCUGGCCCCCUUGACCAAUAAGGAGGUGGAGGGCACAAAAUCGUAGAAUCAGGAGGAGAAGGAGCAACACUUUGGUCCCAAGGAUUCUCUGCUGCUGCAUGUUGGCAUCACAGCGAUGGAUUUAAAGUGUCACACAGAUGUGAGGGACGGAGGGGCCACACAGCAGAGGAUACAGGGGCCCAAACUAUGGAGACAAAUCCAGGUCAAAAGUUUUGAUCAUUUGAAAAACAAAUGUUAACCUGAAAGUUUAAGUUUUGUUGUUGAACAUUUAAAAAUACAACAAUGAACUCAAAAUAAAAGUAGUUGGACGAAAAGUAUUUUACGGUUGAAUGUAGUUUUGAAAAAGAUUUGUUUUCCUUCACUUACAUAUUUUGGAUAUUUGCUGCAUUAUAUUUUUUGGUUGCAGAUUUUAUGUUUUCAGAUUCAAAUCCUAUAUUUUCAAGUUUCAGAUCAGGUUUUUACAUUCUGAUUUUUUUUCACAUUCAGACUUUUGACCCUGAUGUGCGUAUGGGGGGCCGUACAUCAAAUGUUUAAUUUUGUUAUUAAAGCUGUUUUGACCAAAAGGAUCAAGAUUAUUAUAAAUGACUUCAUUUUAUGACGAAAAAGCCGAAAGACGUUUAAGUCAGAGAGUAAAAAGUAUGAAAUAAAUACAAUAAUGAAUAAUAGAUACAUUUCUAUGUGAUAUGUUGCAGCAAAGUGUUUAUUUGUAUUUAUACCUUUUGAAGACCUCACAGACUCUAUAUCAACCAUCUACAAGGUGACGUCAGUAUGUCUUAAACAAAAUGAAGGAUUAAAGGUUCUGUAAAGGUUUUUUCUUUUGAAUGUUUCAACAUUACAAACUCAAAUUCAUUCAUUUUUUCUUCUGUUGAAUAUUUACUUCCUUUACGUUCAUUUUCUGUCAUAAGUUCAAUAAAUAGUUGAUCAAUAAUA